CAUUAGAACUUUUAGAAGUUUCAAAAUAAAUCUUGUUUCUCAAAAGUAAUUAGUACGGAGUACGAGAAGCUGAAUUAUCAAACGAUAUCAUUUAUGAAAAAAUAUAUAUCUUUUCUAAUAUCAUAAAAUUAAUUCCUUUUUCUCAUACUAUAUUAUUCAAAUAAUUACUCCGUACUACAUUAUUAUUCAUAUUACAAUACAAGAUCUCACUUAUUAUUUUUCUCAAUUUUAAAACCUAUUAAAGGUUCAAUAUCAUUCUAAUGGAUCUUCAUAUUCUACCAUUCCUCGCCUUUUUCUCAAUUUUUCUUGUAGUAAGCCAAGCUAUUCCAUCACCUGAAAUUUACUGGAAAAAAAUGCUGCCGAAUACUAAAAUGCCAAAUGCUGUCAAGCUUUCAUUGCCUAAGACUGGUAAUGAAGAUAUGGUCCACCUCCAUGACAAGAGUAGGGCCUUAACCGGAGACACAAACGUGGAUGUGGGCCCAGUGAAAGGAGUCGGGGUAGACGUAAAGCAGAAAGAUGGUGGGCGCACAAAGGUUGGAGUAGGAUGGGGAGGAGUUAUCGUUAACGCAGGCCCAAAAGAUAAGCCCCAAUAUGUAAAAGUAGCACCCAGCUUAAACCCAUUUGACUACAGAUACAAAAAGAGUGAACUUCAACAACAACAACCUGGACGUUCUUUGUUUUUCCUACAAAGAGACAUGAAAUUUGGAAACUCAAUGAAAAACCUUCAUUUCGGAUUACGUACCAAUGACGCUACCUUCUUACCUAGGGAGAAAGCAGAUUCAAUCCCUUUCUCUUUCAACAAGCUUCCUUCAAUCCUUCGUGAGUUUGAGGUUGAGCCAGAAUCCGAAGAAGCCAAGAUUAUCGAGGAAACAAUUACAGGGUGUAAGGAUAAGGGCAUACAAGGUGAAGAGAAGUAUUGUGCAACUUCGCUCGAGUCGUUGGUUGAUUACGUGAAGAACACUCUAGGGUUAAAUGUAAAAGCCAUGUCUACUGAGGCUAAAAUCAUAGGUAGUAGUAACAAUGUACAGAAUUAUACAAUUUCUGCGAUGAAGAAGGUAGCUGGUGGAGAUAAUAACGAGGUUGAGGCUACGGUAUGUCAUAAGCAAAGUUACGCUUAUGCUGUGUUCUAUUGUCAUAAGACUAAGGGAACAUCUGCAUAUAUGGUUUCAUUGAUGAGCCCGAAUGGGUCAAAGGCUAGGGCAAUGGCUAUUUGUCAUAAAGAUACAAGUGCUUGGAACCCUCAACAUUUGGCAUUUCGACUUCUUAAUGUCAAACCUGGAACUGCACCUAUUUGUCACUUCUUGCCCCAGGAUCACAUUGUAUGGGUAUCAAAUUAAAUAGAUCGAUACUGUUUAUAUUUUACUUUGUUUGAUGUGUACAGUAUGUACUUAAUUUGGUAUGAUCGAGAAAAGAGAUUGACCAUGUAAUAAGAUUAAUUGUGUAUUACAACUUUUUCCUUUUGUUA